AUGACAUGGCUAAGUGGGGUGUUGGCAGAGAGAUUCAAGGUUUCAUUGCCUCGUGUAAUAUCUCAACAAAAAUCUGCAUCUAUAAAGAAAAGGAAGAUCUUGGAUGGUAUUCUUAUAGCUAACGAGUUGAUCGAUUCCAUAUUGAAGAGUAAGGUUCCUGGUUUGUUGUGCAAAAUUGAUUUUGAAAAGGCAUUUGACCACGUUAAUUGGAAAUUUUUAGACAAUGCUUUAGAGAAGAUGAGCUAUGGUUCGAAGCGGGGAAGAUGGGUGCAAUGUUGUGUUGAACAUGUGAGGUUUUCAGUUCUUAUAAAUGGUAGCUCGGAGGGAUAUUUCAAGAGUAAUAAGGGCAUUGGACAGGGUGAUCCAUUGUCACCCUUUUUGUUUCUUAUUUUAGGUGAAGCUUUCUCCGCAAUGAUGUGUAAAGCACAAGAGGACGGAUAUCUCAAUGGUUUUCGAGUUUCUGCCAAUGGAACAAUGCCACUUACUGGUCUUCGUAUUAAUUUUUCUAAGAGUCAUAUGUAUGGUGUUGUUUACGAUGGGGAUAUGUCUGCUUUUCCUUUUCUUUUGGGUUGCUACAAUUCUACUUUGCCUAAAUCUUAUCUCGGUCUACCGCUUUGUGACAAGUAUAAAGGAAUUCAUAAGCGGUACAAGAUUGUUGAUACGUUUACCGUCAAGCUAACUGGAUGGAAGAGACCUUUGUUAACAAGGGAUGGUAAGAUUAUCCUCAUCAAAAGUGCUUUAUCUAUUCUGCCGGUGUAUUAUAUGUAUUUGUUUGAAAUGCCGAAAUCUGUUGUGUUAAAGCUUGAAACAACAAUGAAGAAUUUCCUUUGGAAUGAUAUUAAUGGGAAGAGAAAAAUGCACUUAGUAAAAUACGCCAAUGAGAAUUAUGAUGCUUUGUGGAGAAAGAUUUUCCAUGAGAAAUAUGGUGCAAAUGAUGUACUUUGGUUGUCUAAUUUUCCUAAAGGAAACUUCGGUACUUCUGUAUGGAAGGGGAUAAUACAAAGUAAAGAGCUUUUCAUCAAGAAUAUCAGAUUUAAAGUUAACAAUGGGGCAAAAACAAGAUUUUUGGAGGAUGUUUGGAUUUUAAAUGAGCCGUUGAACAUUUUAUUUCCAAACUUAUAUGUUAUUGUAAGGUCUAAAUCUACGUCUGUGGCAAAAAAAUUUUGUGGCUUGGAUACUGAAAUUAUUGAUAAGAUGCGGGUACCUGGAAGACUUUUUACUGUGGCUCGAGGCGAACUUGAAUUUAUCUCUAAUUGUAUUGCAGAUUUUACCAUUCAAAGCCAACAGGAAUAUGUGUUACAAUGGCGAUUAGGGUUGCAGAAAAAUCAGGAGAGUGCUGAGCUUCCUUUUCCGGUAGCCAUGGCUACAAUUCUCCCUCCUGAUCCAGGUAUUGAGCUUUCUGGUGCUUCCUUCCCCCUUCUUCCUGGUCAGAGUUCCGUUGUUCCCCCUUCACUUUCGUCUGCUAACCCUAAGAGAGUUGAAUCUCCAAAUUUGAGCUGGAACGGAGUGGCUAGUAGAUCAAGAUCAGUUCUUCCAAGCUCCUCUGAGGAUCUGGCUUAUGUAUCCCGGUGA